AUGGCGGAUAUACGGUUCCUUCGCCAACUGGUCGGGGGUCCCAGAAGGGUGUAUGAUUAUAUCAAAAAAGGUAAACUGAAAGGAGGGCAAAUCUUAACCCAUACAACAGAGGGAAACGCCAGAAUUGGCGAAGAGCUAAUAAAAGAAAAGAGCGCUGUCCACCUAGUGGGGCUGGAUGCAGGAGAAGACCACAAAAGCGAAGCAUACAACGUGUACGAGAUGUGCAAAAAGCUUAAAGACCACGUGAACAAGCCUGAGAGCAUACAUCUUGCCAUAAUUAAUAAUAUAGAGAGGGAAACAAAGAGGAAAAUAAUAGAAGGUGCCUUCCAUGAUUUCAAGGGACAGGUUAUACUCCACGAAAAACUCCCGCUAGUACGAAAGGACAAGAAGAGGGGCAGGAAAUACGACACGGAGGCAGUGGUCAUAGAAAAGUCUAGCAACACGACGUACGCGCAGAUGGUCGCCAACCUAAAAAAUAAAUUCCGCAGGGAAGAAAGUGUAACUAAAGAAAUAGAAGGAAUCAGACAAACCAGGGAGGGACACUUGCUGCUAGAAAUUAGGAAGGGUAGCAAAGAAACUGACACCAUAUUUAAAAAAAUCAAAGAAAAUAUGGGUGGAGAAACUAUAAGGAAAUAUAGAAGUGGAGGUGCUAAGAUAGCGGCAAAUGUGUAUGGUCUGGAUAUUGACGUGAAAGAAGAGGAAAUAAAACAGGCCCUGAAGGAAUCAAUUAACAUAUCCCCGAACGAGGGGGAUAUAGAAAUCAAGGCGAUACGCCCCAUGACUGGCGGAAGAAAUGCUGCCACAGUAAUUGCACCGCCAGAGGUAAUAGAAAGGCUACUGAGAAAGGGGAAAAUAAAAAUCGACUUUUCCUCGGUAGACGUGAAGGAAAGAAAACCCCUAACAAAAUGUAAUAGAUGUUGGGAGGAGGGACAUAUAGGAAAAGACUGCAGAGGAGAAGAUAGAAGCGGAAAGUGCAGAAACUGCGGAAAGGAUGGACAUCUAGUCCGGGACUGUACAGAGAAGCCAUUCUGUCUGAUCUGUUUGGAAGAUGGUCACAGGACCGCAACAAACAGGUGCAAAGAAAAACGCAAGACAAAAUGA